AUGUCUGUCUUCAAUUGCUCUUCCCUGUACCCCCGCUUCCUCCUGACAGGUUUCUCAGGACUUGAGAGCAGAUAUGACUUGAUUUCACUGCCCAUCUUCUUGGUUUACGCCACGUCAAUCACAGGGAACAUUACAAUCCUCUUCAUCAUCAGAACCGAGCCUUCUCUCCACCAACCCAUGUACUAUUUCCUCUCCAUGCUGGCGCUCACUGACCUGGGUCUCUCCAUUACUACCUUGCCUACCAUGUUCGGUGUCUUUUGGUUCCAUGUCCGAGAAAUCCCUUUCAAUGCUUGUCUGGUCCAGAUGUACUUCAUUCAUGUUUUCUCAAUCAUUGAGUCAGCUGUGCUGUUGGCCAUGGCUUUUGACCGCUACGUAGCAAUCCGAGAACCUCUGCGCUAUGCGGCCAUUCUCACCAAUGGUGUAAUCAUUGGGAUUGGGUUAGCGAUUGCUGGAAGAGCCUUGGCUCUGGUGUUUCCAGCUUCCUUUCUCCUGAAGAGACUUCAAUAUCAAGCUGUUAAUGUUCUCUCCUACCCAUUCUGCCUUCACCAGGACCUGAUCAAAACAACUGUCUCCAGCCGUCGGGUCAGCAGUAUCUAUGGCCUCAUGGUGGUCAUCUGGUCCAUGGGUCUUGAUUCAGUGCUUCUCCUCCUCUCCUAUCUCCUCAUCCUGGGCACAGUGCUGAGUAUAGCAUCGAAGGCAGAGAGAGUGAAAGCACUCAAUACCUGCAUUUCCCACAUCUGUGCAGUACUCACCUUCUACACACCCAUGAUUGGACUAUCCAUGAUCCGGCGCUAUGGGCAGAACGCUUCCCCAAUCGUCCAUGUGCUCAUGGCCAAUGUGUACUUGCUGGUUCCGCCCCUCAUGAACCCCAUUGUCUACAGUGUCAAAACCAAGCAGAUUCGCGAGAGAAUCCUCAAGAAAUUCAGGAAACAGAAGGUUUAG